CAGAGUAGCUAGCUAGGUUGUCACCGAUCACCUAGUGUGGUGGACUCGACGACGAUGGCGGUAAGGCUGACGCUGGUGGCGGCGCUGCUGUGCGCGGCGGCGGCGGCGGCGGCGGCGGCGCAGCAGGCGAGCAACGUGCGCGCGACGUACCACUACUACCGGCCGGCGCAGAACAACUGGGACCUGGGCGCGCCGGCGGUGAGCGCCUACACCUUUUUAAGUUUGAAGCUUGCCGCUUACACCUUUUUUCGAGAGUUUAUAGAAAUAAAAUGGGCCAGCCCAAGUAAGAGCGCCGUCAGCGCUAAUAUGCAGGGAUAGGCAGGGUAUGUUCCUUGGUGCCUCCGCAGUUAUCUUCGAAGGGUUGCUUGAUCCAACUAUUCUAGAAGCCCAGGCGUGUAACGAAGCUCUUGGUCUUGCUGCGGAUCUUCAUGUUCAUUUCGUGUGCGUUGCAUCGGACUGUCUCGAGGUGAUUUCAAAUAUUAAUAAUGGUGCCCCUUGCCGUUAUUUUGCUCUUUUAGAGGAGAUCAAGCACAGAAGACGCUCUAUCCAGGAUAUUCAGUUCGUGCAUGAGAAUAGAAAGCAUAAUGAGGAAGCCCAUGCCUUAGCUAAGGCGGCUGCUUCUCUCCCACCCAGGCGGCAUGUGUGGCUUACUGAUUUGCCCAAUAUCAUUUGUAUCACUAUGUGUUUGAACAUUGAAUAAAGGAUACA